AUGCGAGAAUACAUCUCUCUCGAUCAUAUGGAGGUUAGCAAGCAAGCUUUCACCAACAAGGAAAAUGGGUACUUCAUACCUCAUCAUGCGGUAACCACAAAAUUUUGCGUAGUUUUCAACGCUUCCGCGAAGACAUCGAAUGGGACAUCCUUAAACGAUACACAGUUUUCUGGACCCCAACUACAUGCCAAUAUUGUCGACAUCCUUCACCGUUUUCGCAAAUGCAAGGUAGCCAUCACUGCAGACAUACAGAAGAUGUUCCGACAAAUACUGGUAGAUAGACGACAUCGUAAAUGGCAACAAAUACUUUGGCGUGAAUCGCCAAAUGAACCUCUUCAGGUGUACGAAUUGAAGACGGUAACUUAUGGAAUGGCUUGUAGUCCAUUCAACGCAAUACGCGCACUGCGUCAAUGUGCGAAUGACAAUUAUGAAGUCAUCUAUGACCCAAGCCGGGCUGCCGCAGCGCGUCAUAGCAUACUUUAUAAUUUCUACGUUGAUGACUAUUUGGAUAGCGUCGACAGCGAUGAACUUGCUAUUACCCGUGCUCAAGAUGUAGCGACCAUUUUGAAACAAGGACAAUUAAUAUUGGGAAAGUGGAAUUCCAAUUCUACACACGUAUUAUCUGCGAUAACCGGUACAACAGUUUCUGCAUCAGAACUAGAGUUGAAUAACUCAACAACAAAGGUAUUGGGUCUUUACUGGGAUCCAGUGAGCGACGAGCUCUUCUUCAAGGUAGGCUUAGUUGACGACACGACAAUGCAUACCAAGCGAAAGGUUUUGAGUGACGUGGCGAAAUUAUAUGAUCCAACUGGGGUAUUGGCCCCUGUAGUCGUGGUGGCCAAACUAUUCAUACAGGACUUAUGGAAGGCUGGUCUGCCAUGGGAUGCUGAACUUCCUCCAGAGCUACUCAAUUCAUGGGUGAUAUUCCGCAACAGUUUGCCGGAUAUUACACGACUUCGUAUUCCGCGUUGGCUGGGCAUACGAGUGGGCUCUUUAGUGCAUUUACACGGCUUUUGCAAUGCUAGUCGCAAAGCGUAUGCAGCAGUUAUAUAUGUUCAAACGAUCGAUAAAGGUGGUACGUCACGCACAGCUCUUGUUUCAGCGAAGACGAAGAUAGCACCAAUUAAGGAUGUGACGAUACCACGCCUGGAACUGUGUGGUGCUCAUCUUCUAACUAAGGCGAUGGACAACGUACGUCAAGCUUUAGGUCUACAGGACGCCCCAUGUACAUAUUGGAGUGAUUCUACUAUUGUUUUAUGCUGGAUACGCAAACCACCAUCCACGUUCAAGCAAUAUGUGUCCAAUCGGGUAGCUUACAUCCAAGCCAAUUCAGACAUCAACGCUUGGAAGCACAUUCGCUCGGAAUCAAAUCCAGCCGACUGUGCAAGCAGAGGCUUAUCUCCCGCCGUCUUAGCAGAUCAUCAUCUUUGGUGGACCGGACCGACGUGCAUCCACCAGGGCGUGGAGGAAAUGCGUUUACCUUCUUUAACGGAGGAGGAGGAGCACCUCUCGAUUGCUGAAUCUCGUGUGGUCUCCAUCCUCGUUUCCAGAGCUAAUUACCAGUGGAUUAUGACAUCCACGAAAGACAACAGGAUACCUCUCAUAGAGAAAUUUAGUAAAUUGAGUCGUUUACUUAACACCACUGUUUGGUUAAGGCGCUGGUUACCCAAAUAUCGUGGUUACAGGAACGAUGUAGUUUCAGUCGCAGAACAGCACUGGGCCUUACUUCUGCAUGUUCGACAAGCACAAGCACUCAAUCCUUUCUUGGAUACAGACGGCAUACUGAGAGUAGGUGGUCGACUCACAAACUCCGACUUAAGUGAAGAUCAGCGACAUCAAAUUAUAAUUCCGCGUGGUGCUCUGGCUUAUUUACUAGUCGCUGAUGCUCAUACACGUUGCUUACAUGGUGGAAUACAACAAGUGCUUCAGUUCCUUAGACAGCGUUUCUGGCUUAUCGGCGCACGGGCGCAAGUAAAGUCUUUCAUCUGGGCCUGCACUACAUGUCGUAGGCAUCUUCAAAUUAUACAACGUCAACAAAUGGCUUCACUUCCGAAAGAGCGUGUACUAGUGGCUCCACCAUUCUCUCGUAGUGGCAUGGAUUACUGCGGGCCAUUCCAUGUACGUGUGGGAAAGCAUCGCGCUACCCCGACUACAAAAACCUACGCUGCCAUAUUUAUUUGUAUGGCGUCACGAGCGGUUCACAUUGAGCUGGCAGAGGACUUGAGUACACAGGCAUUUAUAGAUGUUUACGAUCGUUUUAUUAGUCGACGAGGUAUCUGUGCCACCUUAUACAGUGAUAAUGGAACACAAUUUGUAGGGGCUAAUCGUCAAAUGCAGGAAUACUUAAAGGCUUGGGUAACAGCACAUGCUAAGCAACAUCUGGCAGCUGAAGGUACAAGUUGGAAGUUCAUAACACCUUCCGCACCUCAUCACGGCGGUCUAUGGGAGGCAGCAGUUCGUUCAGCUAAAAAGCAUCUGCUGAGGAUCAUGGGCAGCCAGACGUUGCGCUACACUGAAUUGUCUACUUUCCUGACUCGCAUCGAGGCGUGUCUAAAUUCGAGACCGCUGAUAGCUCUCUACGAUGAUCCUGAAGGAGGGAUAGCUCUAACACCAGGUGACUUCCUGAUCGGAUGACCACUCAAUUGUCGUCCAGAUCCUCCAUUGCCUGAAGCUCCAGAAAAUCGUCUUCGAUAUUGACAACGCCUCCAGAAAAUGUUGGAGCAUUUUUGGCGCCGCUGGCAAUCCGAAUAUCUAAAUACUCUUCAGACACGGAACAAAUGGACUAGAUCGGAACCCAAUGUUCAGCGUGGAGAUGUAGUUCUUAUACGUGGUGAAAAUUUGCCACCAUCGGUUUGGCGUAUGGGACGGGUGAUUGACGUUCACCCGGGCAGUGAUGGCCUGGUUCGUACCGUGACCAUAGAGUACAAUACCAACCAGAUAUCGUCAAAUGGACUUCCUAGUAAGCAGCGCUGUCAGCGACCGGUGCAGAAGUUAUGCCGCCUAACUGGUCCUACAGAAGAAUCACUGAACCGCGAGGGUUCAGCCGGGCAGGAUGUUCAAGAUUUAAGUUUACUAAAAUGGAGUCCUGCGCAUUAUUAGUAAGGACAUAAACCGAUACCAGUCAGCUGAUUGCUGAAUGCUGAAUGAUCAAUAUGAUUGUGUCCUCCUUUUAUUCCUUGUAUUCGUAGACUAGUAGUUUCACUCUAGCUUAGCGAAUGUAAAUGUAAAUCUACAAUAUAUAAACUAUUAGCAUUCAUAUACAUAUAUGUAUGCACAUAUGUGUCAAGUGGCGUGAUGCUACAAUCCGCUAACCAAAUGUAUAUUUAAGGAGGUAUUCAAUAAAGAAGCGGCCUAUUUUGUGAUAGACGGUUAUACUAUACAGACGUGCUUUUUUUGAAUACAAUUCUUGUACACUCAAAGUGGGCGGUGGACAAAAUAAGUUUGAGAACCACUGCUCUAAUCGAACGUCAAUAUCUUCCUUUCAUUUUCAAAAAGAGUGUAAUUUUGCUCACAAUCGAGUUCAAAGUCUGAGCUUAUAUCGCCUUCAGGAUCAAAAUCGGGAUCUGUCACGCUAUUAUAGUCAGUUUCGAACCCAUCUUCACUACUUUCAUAAUUCAUUAACUGUUCAAGAAUUUUAUCAGCAGAUAAGUUACGAGACGCCAUUCUGGUGAAGUAUAUGUAUAAGAAAUCAACACAAACAAAUUUUUAGUGACCCUUAUUACUCAAUGUUACAGAAAUGGUACAAACCUAAACUUCACUAUAUAUUGUAUUAGUGAACAUUUUUCGUAUUAUCUUAUAGAAAUUAAACAUAGUAAUGAACUUACCUGGACUUUUCCACUAAAUAUUUUAUUAAAACACUGAAAUUUUUCUUAUUUUUAUCUUUUCGGUAAUUGCAAACACGUGCAUUCACUAACUUUACCACAGCGAAAAAGAAAGUACCGUUUUAUAAGUGAUGCCAAUACAUAAAAAACCAGAGAAUUUUAAAAUUGAAAAAUACGGCUACAUCAUACUAAAAAGGGAAAACAUAAUUUUCCAAUGUUUUGUACCCUCUAAAAGGGUUUGUAACAUAUGUAUCUGUCACAUGAUGCUAUAAGGGUCAUUUAACCGGAUAAUUUAAAUUUUUUUAAAAAGUGAGGCUGGUCCCGCAUCUCUCAACUGAAGCAUACACCCUGUCAAGAAAGUAUCGGGAAUUCUUCAUUUCCCCCUCUCAUCUUCCGCUUAUGUAGAAGACAGGUAAAUUAUUUUCCUAGGUUGGUAUAACCGCCCUUAAUUGUGAUGCCAACAAUUAGCGCGGUCUGUCAGCCAGUGUGUUUUGUUCCAGCUCAUUAAUUUGUCUUCUAUAACAGUUGAGGGUAGAUGGGAGGUAGGUGGGUGCUUGCUAAUCUUCUAAGGUUUAGGUGUAAGGGAAGCAUCAAUUUCAUGGACGUACUUUAGGAUACAUCUAGUUAAAGGGAACUUGAGCGUUCGUUUGUGUCGUGUGGCCGAAUGUACGUCGUUGAGCAAAUUAGGGUUAGAGCCUAGACAUACCUUUGGUAGCAGCCGCUACGUGUUAAUCUUCACUCAUUCAGCAAUGAUGCUUUUGGUGCUGGAUAUUGGAAAUACCCUGAGGCUGCGUCUUACUGGCGUGAAGAUAAACACGUAAUUAUAAGUAUUUAACCUAUCGAAGAGAUUUUUCUUAUAUGUAUACAAACAAUGUUUUUUUGAAUUUAAACUUAGAAUCGAAAAUAAGUCCUAAAUUUUAAUUUCAUUUACAGUAGGUAUUUUUAUGUUUUUAAAAAUGAAGUUAAUACCAUAAAGUUUCUUUUACGACAGAUAUGUAGGAUAGUACAUUUACCUAACGAUAACUUAGCGCCAUAUGUAAGAGACCAGUUGGAUAUAUUUAUUAUUAAGUAUUUCCGUUAAAGUUAGUUUCACUUUAUUCAAAUCAAGUAUUAGAGCGUCGUCUGCAUACAUACAAUGGGCGACUGGGUAAUUGAAUAGUAUCUUGCUGAUUUUGUUAAAUACAAUUAUGGUUAUGACGACAGAUAAAGGGGAACCUCGAGGAACUCCAUUUUCUAGUGAAAGAAAGUGAGAAAAAUUAUUUCAACUUUAACUUUUUCGUUUUGAUAAAAAAAAGAGAAGAUUGUAUAUUAUCGGCCCUAAUUUUCAAUUUGCUUAACUUGCCCGAAGUGUAAAAGGUGUCUAUUGCAAUUUUAUUUCUACUGAAAGCGAAUUGCUGGUAAGUGAUCUUUUCAGCGUACCACAUCAAUUGUUUGGAAUUUUUUCUCCAAGACUCUCCCUAAUAGAAAAGUAGGGAAAUAGGUCUAUAGUAAUGAUAUUUAAAUCGUUUGUUAUACCAGAUUGAGUGUUUAAGUAAUUGAUUGUACUAGGGUUUUUUCCGGCAGACACACGUCAUAUAUCUCGCCAAACUUGAUAAGGAGACGUUGUGGAGUUGAUAUUUUCAGUAAAUUCUUCCCGACAAUUUUUUGACCCGUUGUGGUUUGUCGUUUAAAAAUAGCUUUGUCGCAUUUAUAUGGUAUAGAAGGUUAAGUGUUACUUUAUAUUGUAUUUAUACCAGCUUUUGCGCCUUAGUGAUCUAAGAUUUUCUAAUGCACUAUUCUACCAUGGUUUAUAUUGGUGUUGAUAUGUUUUGGCUUGAGGUAUGGUGUGGUGUGCUGACGAACAUAUCAAGCUUUCGUAUAAGUGCAGUCUCUUGGUUGAUGUUAUUAGAAACAAAUUUACUAGAUAUCGACGAGCAAAGAUCUUUGUAAUUCUCCCAAUUAGCUUUGUUUGUUGUUAAAUUGGUUUGAACUUGGUUUGGUUUAUUGACGUGUCCGAUUUCUGUUAUCAAUGGGAUUAUUGCAUAAUAAGGUAUCUUCAAUUUUUGUACCUCUUUCGUUUGAUAGAGGAGAACCCUAAAUCGGGCUCCAUGAGUAAAAAUCAACCAUCUAAUGUUUACUACUUUGUAAGAUAUCUGAGCAAAAAAAAAAAAUUUAGGAGGGAUGUACACAUUAAUUAUUGUUAGUCUAGGACUGAUUAGUAUCUGAAUCCCGAUAGUGAGUAAGUUGUUAUCGGUAAAAGCAAUUUUAUGCGGUAUGUGUUCUUCUACCAAAAUUGCAACAUUGUAUUGCCAUUGAGAGUUAUUAAGGAAAUAUCCAUUGUAGGUAUAUGGAGGUUUGGGGUAGAAAUUAUUGAGUGUAUGUGUUUAAACAUAAAACUGAAAUUUUCCAGCCUUUAAUUAAAACAGUAGACGCUCACAAAUUAGAACUCUCAGAAAUUAGAUUUUUUUUUUUAAUUUCUAACAUAAGGGAAAUUUGGUUUUUAUUUUACUGAAGAAAGGUAAAAUAGAAAGGGGAAUUCCUAAGUUAAUAUUUAAUUCCAUUUUAGUUUUUUUUUUUUGCCAUAUUUUUGGUGUUUUUGUCAUUCGUAUGUGAAAUUUGAUAUGCGUGGACAUAUUUUGCUUGACUCUACCGAAAACUAAAAAUAACUUACUAAAAAUGUCAAACAAACGUAAAAAAACCACCGAAGUAAAGAUAUUGGAAAAGCUGGACAAAGGAGCUCAAGAGAAUCGUCUAGUGCAAGAUUUCAAUGUGAGCAAAUCUGCCAUCAACUAUAUCAAGUCAAAUAGGUCAUCUAUGUAUAUUAAAUGCUGUUUCCAACACUUAUCAGGAAGCAUCAAAUAAAAUAUCCGAAAAUGGAAAGUCGUCUUUAUGAGUGGUAUUUGAAACAACGCGAAAGGAAGUGUACAUUGACAGGAACAAUAUUAAAGGAAAAAGCUAAAAAAAAACUUGCAUUCCGAGCAAGCGAUGGAUGGUUUACUAAAUUUAAAAAGCGACAAGGCAGUCGUUUUUUAAAAAUUGGUGGCGAGAGUCUUUCUAGUGAUAUUGGCUCGAUCACUCCAUUUAUUCACAGAUUCCAUGCAAAAGUCACUGAGAUGAGGUUAAUGGAGUCGCAAUUAUAUAAUGUGGACGAAACCGGAUUGUUUUAUCGUUGCCUACCAGAUAAAACAUAUGUACCUGCUUGUGAAAAAAGUGCGCCUGGAUACAAAAUUCAAAAAGAACGAAUUUAAAUUUUACUUGGUUCAAAUGCUGAUGGCUCUCACAAAUUAGUGCCCUUAGUUAUUGGAAAAGCUAAAAAUCCCAGCAGCUUCAAAGAUUUUAAUAAUCCACUUCAUUACAAUUUUUCCAAAAAUGCUUGGAUGACGGAUCUUUCAUGAUUGUUUUCACAAGGUAUUUAUUAAUGAGGAAAUAAUUUUGCUUUUAAUUUUUUUUUAAUUUUAAAAUAUUUUUUUUUUUACAAGUCAUCCAGUUUUCUCAAAAAAAUAACUUGCCUCCGAAGGCUCUUUUGCUUAUUGAUAAAUGCUCCGCGCAUGCACCAAUUGAGCAUCUUCAAAGCAAAGAUGGCAACAUAGUUGCAUAUUUCUUGCCGCCAAAUGUGACAGCAGCUGUGCAACCAAUUGAUCAAAAUCCCAUAAAGUUAACAAAACUUGUUUACAAAAGUAAGUUACUUGCUGAAAUAAUAGCUGAAGGUGGUGCACUGAAUAGUCUGUUGAAAUCCCAUUCCAUCCGAAAGGCAAAAAUAUUUCCGAAACAAGCUUGGGAUGAGAUAACGCAAACAGUGAUGAGGAAUUCUUGGUCAAAGUUGUUAAAUUGGGAUUCUGACCAAUACGACAGCGAUUAUGAUGUGCCACUAGCACAGUUGCUUAACAAAAAUGAGGACUGCAAUGAAGCUCUCCAAAUAAAUCAAACUCUUUUAGCAGAAAUUGAUCCAAAUAGUUUCAUGUGUAUUGAUGACAUCGAGAAAUGGAAUGAAUAUGAGUUUGAAGACGGAACUGGUUAUGACCUAAGUUGCGGUGAAGAGUUUUCUGAUAGCAGUGAAGACGAUGUUGUUGAUGACACCCAGUAAUUUCAAAUGCUAUAGCUAUUGAAAGCCUUAACAAUUUAAUAAAUUGGUGCAACAAGAGGGAAUUGUCUUCCAGUAAGCACAUCGGCAAUCUUUUGGCCCUCCGUAACGAUACUGUUAUAUCGGAUUUAAAGAAACCAAAAAAGCAAACAAAUAUUACUGAUUAUAUGUCAAACAAAAAUUUAUUUUGAACUGAGCCCUUAUCCUGAAUUUUUAAUUAAUUUCGGAAAUUUUAAGUUGUUUUUUUUUUUAAUAAUUGUUAUGUAAUGGACUGAAUUGGUAUGUUUUUAAAUAAAAUAAGAAAAUAAAAAUAAAAAAAAAUGUUUUUAUAUAGUUUUUGGAAGUGGCUUAACUCUUAGUUUUAUUAUUUACGUUAAAAAAUACCGUCCGGAAAUUAGAACAUUUCGUUUAAUACAGCUGCAAUCCGUAUCAAUUAUUGAAACAUCGUAUAAUCAGUUCCUAAAGUGCACUUAGUGAGUACAGUCGGAUAAGCUAACUAAAACAAGUUAAUAUUUAUAAUCCGAACGCGUGUGAACUAUUUUAUUUAAUGAACGAUGAUACUGAAAGCGACGGGACGUGUGUCGACAGCGAAGGCUGGCAAGCCACAUACCUGCCUAAAGCGAGAAAGCGUAUGAGCAUUGACUCUCCAAAAGAAACUAAAAAACAACAAAGAUUGAAUGAAGCGUCAAACAACUCAAACCGGAUUUCUGUGCUAGAUUUGGACGUGCAAAGUAAUGAACACACCUUAAGGAAAAAGUAACGAACACAUCUUUAAGGAAAAAGAGGACUCACUAUUAACUGCUGCAGUUUCUCACAAACCGCCAUCAAUUUUUGUUCCUCAAGUGAGUGAUAUUAAUAAAAUGUUGAAAAGUUUUUCAACUCUUAUUGGUAGAAAAAUUUUCACCUACUACUAAGGCAGGGAUGGACAAGCGAGAGUGAUGACUGCAAACAGUGAUUACUACAGAAAACUUGUGAAUAUUUAGUGUCUCCCACUUUACCGCGCUUUUCACACCUUACGAAUCCUAAAGGCCGCAAACUGCACAAGUACGUUUCUCAAAAUGAAUUAAAUGAUUUAUCUGCUGGCAGACCAACAUACUGGCCGACCGAUCUCAACAAAAUUCUGUAUCUAAUUGACUUUGCAAUUUAUACCGGCAUAAACCUACAUUAUCUAGAAAUUUCUAAUAAUGAAGAUAUGUAUGAGCUCAGAUCAUUCCGCUCUCAUUAUCAAUAUGGAUAUGCCUGUUAUUGUCACAUCCCGAAAGCAGCGUUUUUUAAGUAAAAGAUCGAACAGACGAUUUUUCCAAACUUGGCUGGAGCCCACGUAAACCUAAACAUGGAAAUAACAACAAAACGAGACUAAUAUGACGCUGUGGAAAACUUCACCCAAAAAAUACAUUAAGCCGCUUGGUUGGCUUCUCCUUUUAAUUCCUCUAAACCAUACUAUACAACCAAUGUGGCAUAUUCGGAUGAAGUAGCGCAGAUGGUACAAAAUAAAAGACGACUUCCAAGGAUCUAUCAGAAUAGCAGAAAUCCGGUUGACAAAACCAAGCUGAACAAAACAAUUAAGGAAUUAAAAUCCUAGUUGGCAGAGCAGAAAGAAGAAUCUAUUGCAGAAUUUCUUAAGAAUGCCGAUCCAAAUAAAAACGAAAGCUGGAAAGCUAAUAAAUAUUUGAAACGUCCUCCCAAGCGACAAGCAUCUGACAAAAGAAAAUACGACGCUUUUGACAACCACCUUGCAAAUACUUUCAAGCCUUUUGCUCUCAAUACUGUGCAGACUUUCUUAAGAGUCCAUGUCAAAUGGGUAAACCAAUAUCUUACGUAAAACUGACUGAAGUACAAUCAGAAAUGUCACAAUUGAAAAGUUCUAAACCGCCUGGCCUAUAUAAUAUUGAUGCAUGGACAAUCAAACAAUUACCACGGAAAUACCUGCUAUUCUUAGUUUUAAUAUUUAAUUGUGGUUUUAGGUUAAGGCACUUUCCUACGCAAUGGACAUGUGCCGAAAUUAUAAUGAUUCCGAAGCCAAACAAGCUCGAGAACGAAAGUUUGCUGACAAUAUUCUCCAAAAUAUUCGAAAGAUCAUUUCUUCGUCGAUUGUUGCCAGUUUUUGAAUCCUUAUCCGUUAUCCCAGACCAUCAAUUUGGUUUCAGGCAACUACAUGGAACUCCCGAACAGUGCCACAGAAUCGUCAAAACCCAAUUUAAAAUGUCUCUAAGAGAAACAGUACUGUUCGGCAGUUUUCUUAGACAUUCAACAAGCACGAGGGGUAAAAAAAAAUAAAAAUGAAACUAUCAGUUUACAAGUUUUUAUGUCAUACCUAGAUUGCAGACUUUUACGACAACACUGUACACGAUUUUCACUGCCGACAUGUCAAUAAUAAACGACAAAAAUUUAACUGUUGCCACAUACGCAGACGACACCACCAUUUUUGCAUCUGCUUACUCUGCAAACGAAGCGUAUGAAACUGUUAAAAAAAAAAACUGAAUGCAGUAGAAUCCUGGCUUGGAAAUUGGAACAUUAUGGUAAAUGAUACAAAAUCAGCGCAUGUUACAUUCAUCAUGAAAGCAGGAGAUUGCCCCAGCAUCAAUCUCAAUCAAACAAUUAUUCCAGAAUGCAGUAGCUCUAAGUACCUCGGGAUGCACUUUGACAAAAGACUAACAUGACAGCAACACAUAAAAAUCAAAGGAGGUCAGCCAAAAAUCAAGACUAGAAAAUGUAUCGGUUGGUGGGUCCCAAAUCGAAACUUUGUCUCAAAAAUAAGGCGACCUUAUGUAAAAGUGUUUUAAAACCGAUUUGGGCAUAUGGAAUACAAAUCGGAGGAACUGCAAGUAAAUCAAACGUAGAAAUAACUCAAAGAUAACAGUCGAAAACACUCAGGUUGAUUGCAAACGCUCCACAGUUCAUCAAAAAUAUUAACUUACACAAAGACCUUAAAAUAAAUAUGGUGAAGAGCGAGAUUCUGAAACUCAGUUCAAGACAUCUUAAUCGCCUAAGCUAAAAACAAAGAAAAAUCCUUUAAUGUUCCACUACAGAAUAGAAAACAUUGAAAGGUGUUGAGAGAGUUGUGGGAGUAUUAUAAGUAUGUUAUUAUACUCGUAUGUUUAGUAUGUGUAUGUAGUAUGUAUGUGAAUUUUGGUUUUUGGUUGCUGACGAUGUUUUGUUUUGAUUUUUGGGGGGAAUCACAAGUGAAAGAAGAGUUGUGUGAAGGAGAUGGGUUCGGAUUUAAUGUUUUUUCGUUGCUGAUAUGUUCCUGUUGUAGGCAAAACUAUUGGAAGUAUUAAUGUUUUCUGUUGAAUUGUUCACUCACUUUUUGGUAAAAUCCCAUAUAUUGGACCCGACCAACCGAUUUCGACAAAUAUAGUACGUGGUAUUCUUCUUACAUUCUUAUGCCACAUUGUGAAAAUCGAUUAAAUCGGACAACAACUAAGUACAUAUUUUAAAUUCCACUUGAUACGUACAGUUUCCAGUACACAAAUCAAGAAGCAAUUAAUAUAACGGGAUAAAUUUUGCACAAAUAAUGUUUUUAAAAAAACUGUUCAAGGCCUCGGUACUUAUUGUUGACUUUUGAUCGAAAAUUUCGGUUAAUGUGUGAUAUAUAUAACUGAAAUUAAGGGAUAAUCCUUCUCUUGUAAUACUUCCCAUAGCCCCACAUACUUAAAAUAAAGAUUUUCGAACUUCCGGCUGACUUUGUACCUCAUAUAUUGGCCAAUAUGUGAGUUAUCUCAAUGAAAAUAAAAGAGCGUGUUUUUGUUUCUUAUAACAGUGUAUCUUUGUGCCUAAUGUAGGUAUGAGCGAAAAAUUGACCUAGCCCCUAUAUAACUAAUAUCAACUAAUAUCAGCAUUUUCGAACAUCCGGCUCACUUUACUUUAUAAGAUUGGUUUAACACCUUAGGUAUUUCCCUGGUUUUGAUUCUAGCAAAUUACAAGACUAUAAAAUGUUCCAUUGCAGCCGAACUUGGUCCUUCUUUACUUGUUUUUACAUAUCUUUAUCGGUUCUUUCAUUGUACAUUUAUUUUUGACUUGCAAUUUUAAUAUGUCUUCCCUGCAAAAAUUUGGGACAUGAUCUGUUAAAAGAUAAAUGGUUUCCCAUCGCAGUUUGUACACAUUGUACGUGCAUAUGUUUGGGGUAGCUAGAUUGCAGUGAUCGCACAUUUUUGGGUUCAUGCAUCGAUUCGUAGUAUGAUUUAACUGAGCGCAGUUUUUGCACUGCAUAGGGUUUUGGAAAUAAGGUGAAAAAUCUCAAGCGUUUUUGAGAUGCGAAAAUAUAAACUUGGGAAUGCGCGAAUAAAAUCAAGAAGCCUAAUUGCCUGUCACGAUAAUUAAAUGCGAUAAAAAAUUAAGACGCGUGCGCUCGGUUCUAUGGUUCUAAUACAAUAUUUCUUUAUUUAAUUUCAUUUAGUUGCUUAGCCUAAAUCUUAAACUA